AUGGAGAACACCGUGGACGCUAUCACAGUUGGCGUCACAGUCAAGUUGAUUGGCGUUAUUGGAUGCAGUGCCUUCGGCAAGUCCACCGUCGCCCAUCGGCUGGCGAGCAGGCUUCGCUCGCCGCUGCACCCGGUUUGCACAGACAACUUCUUCUUGGAUGACGCCUGUGCGCAGCUGGGCACCUACGAGGACUACAGGUGUAUUGACUACGGCGCCGUGACACGGUGGAUGUCGGUGUUGGUGCACGCCGCACCGACGGUGUCUGUAAGCCUACCGGCGGAGAAGUGCGCGCCUGCUUCAUCACCCGCGGCGCGAGCCGCAAGCGCAGAUGGCGACACCGCCCUGCACCCCCUACACGACUUGGAAGGUCGGGUGCAUAACGCAUGGUGGGAGGAAGUGCUGCUGCGCCUACCUGAGCUGGGCAAGUAUCGCCGUGCCGCACCGGAUGUCACGUCUGCCACGACGGCCCCCACAACUGUUGUUGUUGCCCCUGCUGAUACUGCUACGCCUGCUGCCCAGUCCAGGAGCACGGUUGCUGAGGCAGCACCUGCCGACGCUCAUCUACAUGACGGGAUUAGUGACAGCGAUGGGGACGCGUCGCUCAGCGCACACGAGGCUGAGGAAGAAGACCGACGGCGGAGAAGUGUUGCCGCGCUCGCACAGCGCACAGAGGGGGGUGGCGAUACCGUCUGCUGGUCUCUUGGCAUUCGGAGUGACAGUGAGGGGCGGGCGCCUCACGCCGCUGCUCCAUUCUCGCACCACGUCAUCAUCUACGUCGUGUGGGAGGGCUUUCCACUCCUUUGCAACCGGUUGGCCAACUCCUAUAUCGACUACGCGAUCGAUGUUCGCUGUGACCUGGAGACGGCGUGCUUGCGGCGGUUCUUCCGCACCCCGCGUCGCCAUCUUGCUCGAUAUCUCGCGCACGACUCUACAGGAGGCUGCCAGAAUGGACACGAUGAGUCGCAGUGGAGGCUGCAGCGCGGGCGAGCCGCUGUCGUGGCGGGUGUCGUACGUCAGGUCUACCGCCCGCGCAUCGAGCAACUGUGGCGAGUCCGGUCGCGGGAGCAACACCGCGCCGACCUCAUGAAUGCCGUGGUGCGGGAAAUGAGACUGGAUGGGCUACAGGCACUCGCGCACGGCGACGGACCCACUGCCAUGUCGUCGCCGGCGUGCGCCAUGGCGCGCGGUGCUCUUGAUUUACUUUCCCCUUCCUGCUUUGAUCCUCCUCGCCCGCAUUGCCUGCGCACACUGACCCACUCUGGCGCCGCUGAGGCUGCACCGUCCACCAUAUCAAGUCCCAGCGCUUCGUCAGUGCCGGUCGCGGUGGAGGUGGGGCGUCGCUGCUCUGCGUGUUGGUCCGCUGACGGAUUACCCACUAAUGCCUUUCAGCUUUUUUGGGAAAGCGAGUUUGAUGAAUGGCUGACGCGGUCGUCGUCGUCGCCCACCACUGCUGCUGCUGGUGCCGCCCUCGCCUGGGCCUCACUGAAGCACAGAGACGGUGAGGGUGUAGCUGCGCACGCUGCGCACCGCGCCGACGAGCGGCAGCGCGACGUAAAUGCCAGCUCCCGCUCGACAUCGCCCCCACAGGGGACACCGUCUAAUGAGGAGUCUGGGGUGACGUAUGUGAAUCGCAUGCUCGCGCAACACGGACGUCGUGCACUGCUUCAGAGCUUGUCUCGGGGCGAGCGGGCAGUCGCGCCCUCUUCUCCAGAGGCGUGCAGCAUAGGUGACAGGGACGCCGCCUCAGCCGGGCUUGGCCUCGAACCGCAGCCGGCGGUCGGCGGAGUCCACAGCGCAACGGCUCCCUCUGCGGAGACGCUCUCGUCAGCGCUGGCGCCGUUCUACUACGAGUUCCGUUACUGGUACGUUUUCGAAGUUCUCUACUACGAUCGAAUAUUCCGCCCACUGCAAGUCCACCGUCUGCGGUGGCGCUCUGUGGUGAGGGAAAGUAGUGCCGCAUCCGCCGACGGGGAAGGCAGGAUUGGUGAGCGUGGCGGUUGUGGGGCCACGAAUUCUCCAUGUGCUGUACCCCGUCCAUGGUGGACGGUGCAGAACGGCCGUGAUGCGUACGGGCAGGACGCACGCGAACUCCUGACGCAGGUGGAUCACAUCAGUGCUGCCAUACGUGCCAUUUGCUAA